GGCAGCAUUUUUGCCGCCAAACUUUGUUACUUGAAUCGCUGGCAUUUAACCCCUGCUGCACCCGCUGACCCAGCAGAGGAGCUGCAGAGUUUAGUUUACAUCUUUAAAACCCAAAAGAGUUGAACCUCCUUCCAUGUGAGCCUGACUGAAGUGUGACAGAUUUACAUGUCCUGGUGUUUUCUGCGUGCUUUGGUUUUUCUCUCUUGCUAUAUUUUCCAUUAACUUCAAAUACUUGAGAGAAAACGCUCCUCCCCGCUGUAAAGGUUGCUGAAGGGGCUUCACAUUUCUGCACAGGCAGGUUUAUUUUUUCUUUAAAAUCGAGAUUACGAUGGAGAUGUUUUUAAUUUCACUCUUUUUAGCCACUAUCCUCGUAGUUCCAUUGGUCCUCAGAACUUUCUUCCCGUAUGUUUGGAUGGAUGUUUUGUAUUUCGGGGAUCUUGUGCGCAUUCUGGUGAGGUUCGUGGAGAGGAGAAGGAGGAGACCUUUGUUUUUUGUUUUGGACCGUUUCUUGGAGCAAACAGCUGCGCAUCCGGACAAAAACUUCAUCGUCUUUGAGAAUGAAAGACACACGUUCUCUGAGGCGGACAGAAGGAGCAACCAGAUCGCCAACGCGCUGCAGAAUCACCCCGGAUACGAGGCUGGGGGCACCGUGGCUCUGUUCACGGGAAACGAACCCGCCUUCAUAUUCACCUGGCUGGCCUUAGCCAAGCUAGGCUCUCCGGUGGCUCUGCUCAACCACAACAUCCGCACAAAGUCUCUACUGCACUGCUUCAGCUGCUCCAAGGCCAAGGUGCUGAUAGCAUCCUCGGAGCUAAAGGAGGCAGUAGAGGAUGUGCUACCCUCGCUGACGGAGCAGGGUGUCAUCGUCCUCCUGAUGACCAAACACUGCGACACGCCUGGAAUCGAAGGUUUCUCUGAUAAAGUGGACGAGGCCUCAGACGCGCCGCUGCCUCGAUCCCUCAGAUCCAACAUCACACCCAAAAGUCCUGCAGUUUAUAUCUACACUUCUGGAACUACAGGUCUCCCGAAGGCAGCCGUGAUCAACCAGAACCGCCUGCUGACAGCUCUGGUUGUUCUAUCGUCAAACGGCGUCACUUCGAAGGAUGUCAUCUACGUCAACCUGCCUCUGUACCACACGGCCGGAUUUGUCGUCGGCUUCAUCGGCUCCAUUGAGACAGGAUCAACUAUAAUCCUGAAGAGGAAGUUUUCUGCCUCCCAGUUUUGGGAUGACUGCAGGAAAUACAACGUGACUGUUGUGCAGUACAUUGGAGAGGUGAUGCGUUACCUCUGCAGCACACCAAAGAGAGACAACGACAAGGAUCACAAAGUCAGACUGGCCAUCGGUAAUGGAAUCAGAGCAGAGAUAUGGAGAGAGUUUGUCAGUCGCUUCGGGAACGUUCAGAUUCGAGAGUGUUACGCCUCCACCGAGGGAAACGUGGGAUUCACCAACUACGCAGGGAAAGUUGGAGCCAUCGGACGGGUCAACUUUCUGCACCGGAAAUUGUUUCCCUACAUUCUUGUUAAGUACGACACAGAGCGAGACGAGCCGAUCAGAGAUGCUAAUGGACUCUGUGUGGAGGUCCCCAAAGGUGAGACGGGACUGCUGGUGUCAAAGAUCACAGACAUCGCUCCGUUUGUCGGCUACGCCCAAAACGAGGAGCAAACAGAGAAGAGACUUCGCAAUGUGCUCAAGAAAGGAGACCUUUACUUCAACACCGGCGACCUCAUGAGGAUCGAUGAAGAAAACUUCAUUUACUUUCAGGAUCGUGUAGGCGACACAUUCAGGUGGAAAGGGGAGAAUGUGGCAACAACUGAAGUGUCCGACAUCCUGACGAUCAGCGAGUGUCUCAAAGAAGCCAACGUUUACGGAGUCCAAGUGCCAGGCCAUGAGGGCCGGAUAGUGGCAGCUGUCACUGUGAAGAAAGAUUCUCAGUUUGAUGGAAAGAAAAUAUACAAUCAUGUGGUCAGCUACCUGCCUUCAUAUGCACGACCUCGCUUUAUAAGACUACAGAACGCUGUAGAAGUGACGGGAACUUUCAAGCAGAUGAAAGGGAAGCUAAUGGAGGAGAGUUUUGAUCCAGGACGUAUCCAGGACCCGCUUUACAUCCUCGAUGACAAAGAGAGGAGUUACGUACCGCUGACAGCUCAGGUCUACAGCUCCAUCAUGUCAGGAAACCUCAAACUAUGAACGCGCUCUAAGUGUUCACCAACAGUUCAGUCCGGCUUCUUUUAAAGCCUCUGAACCCCAAAAACUUGCUCUCAGGUUUGA